ACCUGUCCCCUGUGCCGCCUCUCCACCUGUUUUGACCCUUGGCGAGAAGCAGGAAUAUAGGAUACCCUACACAUACCGGUCUCAAUCUCCCCGUGGUUAGCUGUUCCUUGAAGGGAGCUGUCAAUGUUUACCAAACUCUAAAGUACCUUCAAGUCACUUGGGACCUUAUUAAAGAGCUUAUUCUGCUUUGGGGACAAGGGUUGAGAUUCUGCAUUUCUAACAAGCUCCUUGGUGGACCAUACUGAGUGGCCGAGAAAGGCUUGCUUUGCAUCCAGACUGACCUGAACUCUAUCCUGGUACUCUCCAACUGCAGCUACUGAGACUUGUUUCAGCCUCAAUCCCCGUAUCUGUAAGAUGAUUUGGUCAUCACUAACUGAUGGUCACCAUUUAUUCAUCCAGCCAAUGUUCCCUGAGUGCCAUCCAUGUUUGGCACACACUAUUGUAUCUUCUGAGGGCUCACCACCAGUGAAUGUACCAAAGCCAGCUACCAAGGUGGCUGUGGAGGUGUGUGUGAGUGUCAACAAGCAACUUAGUGUCCCUGACAGAUAAUGGUGUGAGUGUGAGAACCUGCGGUAAUAAACAACUAAGGUUUAAAAUACUCUGAAUGGUCAGGAGCCCAGGGGACUGAGGUGCUGCUCAUCUGGCUGCCAGCUGUGGGCUGAGGGGUGAUGUAGUAGCCCAAGGUGAUGGGUAGGGGAGGCACACAAGAGCUGAUUAAGAAGAGUGGGAUGUGGAGGAAAGCAGGCAGAAUGGGCUGGUCUGGAAGUCAGAGUGGGUGUGUUUUGGGUGUUUGGUGUUUGUGGCAGCUGAUGCGAGUCAGGAUACAAAGAUUCAGCUAUCUGCCAGGAAGAGACUAGGCCCCAGAGCAUGGGAAGCCUGGGGGCAGGUAAUUGGAGGAAGUGGGGCCAUCAUACUUGUGUGGGAGGUGAGCUGUACUGGCUCUAGAUGGACUUGGCCCUAGAGGUGGAGCUGGGUCCCAUACAUUUUAUGGGGUAGGAGACUGUAACUUUAGCUUAAGACUAGAGUCUGGGGGGGCGGGGAGUGAGGUGGCCUUUCAUCUAGGCAUGUGAAACAUUGACCACUGAGACAAGCAGAACUUGGACCCCAGGAAGCCUGAGAAAGGGUCUGUGAUCUGGGAGGAACUCUGGGACAUGGCUGGGAAAUAGCAGGCUGUGGAUCGGGUAGGGGAGGGCCUCUGUGCUUCUCAACUUCAACACCUUUCGCAUGAUCUUUGGGUGGUGUAAUGAGCGACCAAGUCAGGCAUGGAGACCCAGUCUGCAAGCCUGCCUUCCCUGCCUCAGGCAGCACCGCAGCCCCAGCCAGUGCCCUCUACCAGCAACCAAAGUGAACACUGCUCUGAGUCGGGAGCCGAAGCCUUGCAGCAAUGCAAUCUCCCCGCCAGCCAGACUGCCUGUCUCUGCAAACGCGGCCCAGCGGAGCCAUUACACCACCCAGGACUUGCAAAAGGUCGCCGGCUCUGCUGCGGGAGCUGGGCCAGAGGGAGACGCGCCCCCCUCCCCUCUCUUGUCUUCCCCGCCUUAGCUGACUGCUGCUAGCUCCUGCUGCUAUCCCCCGGAAGGCUGGAGGUACUCCCGCGAGCACAACGCCAUCCUGGGCCCCUUUGGCGAGCUCAUGACGGAGGCCGACAUCCUCCGUAUCGAACAGCAAAUUGAGAACCUGCAAGUGCUGCACAAGGCAAAGAAACUGGAGGCGCGCCUGGAGCAGCUAGAGCUGGAGUUGGAGCAGCUGCUGCCGAUCUCGGCCGCUCUGUCGGCGCCACGCUUCACAGUAGAUCCACGCCGCAUGCACGGCCGCGCAGCCAACCUGCCUGCCUGGUGCAGCAAGAUCUCCACGCUGCUCAAGAGUAUGGCCACGCUGCUGGCCACGCUGGGCGGCCGGCCCUCACAACUGGCAGAGCUGCUGGCUGCAGACACUGGCCAACCGCUGGCGCCGCUGCCGGAUGCACCCUCGAGGCCUGGACCACUCUGUUUGGGCCGCUCUCAUUCGCUCAGUUGGUGCCGGGAGGCCGUGGCACGGGAGAUCCUCGAAUGUGGCGUCUCGGUGCAGCACCUCCGUGCCGCUUACGAACUGCGCACUCAAGGCGCAGCGCCCACUCAGAGCCUGCGCCGCAAGCUCCCUCAGCCUGCUAGCACCCUAGACCGGGAGCCCAUCCUCGAGGAGGACUAUGUGGCGAUCGGUUCCAGUGAGCCGAGAGCCCCUGUCGCCAAUGGCCUGUGGACUGCAGAGGAACCCCUCAACACCCUGGACCCACCGGAGCCGUGGCACCGGAAGGAAGCUUUUCCGGAGCCUGAACAGCUAGCUAGCAGGCCGCCACUCUCCACCGAGCUGCCUGGUGUCCAGGACUACAUCGACAUGCGCAAGGAGCGCAUCGUCUACCUCUUCCUGGAGCACUGGCGCAAGUGGACCUUCCAAGGACCUGGGCGUCAUGCCCAGGCGCGCCUGCGCAGACUGCUGCCCCGGGUAGUGGCCUCCGGCGCCGGUCCCCUCCCAGAAGCAGAUGCCACUGCCCAGCAGCAACCAGCUGGUGAGGACUCGGACCGUGGCCCUGAAGAGCGGCUGCUGCAGCUGCUCAAGCAGCGACAGGUGGUGGGCAAACUGCUGGGCCACUGGAGGAGUCUGUUAAGGCAGGUGCCAGCGUGCCAGGCACCCGGCUCGAAGCUGACACGUGGUCUGUACUGGCCCGAGCACUUUCUGCCACCACUCGACGGCGGCACUCCGCGGAGCUACGACAGUCUCACCCUGGAUCUCUUCAUGUUAGGCUACUUUCAGCUGCUGGAGAUGGGCCUGAGCCGGGAGGAAAGGAAAUUCCGCCACCUGCUGUGCUAUGAGAUGUUCGACCGUCUGGGCAGCCACCCGUGGGAGCUUAUCCGCCAGUUCCACCGAGUAGUGCUGGAGGAGGUGGAGGCUGGAACGCGUGGCUGGGACGAUGGCUUUGAGGAUCUCAGGCGCCAGUUCUUCGGAGAUAGCCCCGAGUCUGAGCCGACUCCAGAAGAGGCCCAAGAGAAGGAAGAAGGAGAGGAGAAGGAACAAGACCAGGAGGAAAAGGAGGAGGAGGAGGAAAAAGAGGAAGGGGAAGAGGAGGGAAAACUGGAAGAAGAGAAGAGAAAGAAGGAGGAGAAAGAGGAGAGAGAGGAAGAGGAAGACAAGGAGAGAGAGGAGGAGGAGAGAGAGGAGGAGGAGAGGGAGGAGGAGAGAGAGGAGGAGCCCUCUGAAGAAUCUGUUCCUGCUCAAACCCAGCACCUGCCACAGGGGCACUCAGAGGCCCCAGCCCCUGCACCACAGCCUCCUCCCGCUGCACCUCCCCCAACCUCAGACCUGCCUAGUUCAGAACCCCCAGUUGAAGAGCCCUUGGAGCUGGUGUCUGAGAUGGGCGAAUUCAGCAACGAGGACAUUUGCCGCUAUAUUGACCGGAGCUUCUCCUUUUGGAAGGAGAAGGAGGCAGAACUCUUUGACAUCUGACAGCAAAUUUAGAGUUUAGUUUUGUGCCUGGAUGCCUGUCUGACAUCUAGAGGCCAGAAUCAGACAGAAAGAACCAGAUUCUCAAAAAGCCUGCUUCUCUGGGGCUUUUGAGGUCCCCUAGGAGGGAGAAAGUGAGGCAUUUGUGAGAUUGGUUAGUCGCAGGGCAUCAGGUGUUGCGCUCUAUGAAGCCAGGCAGCAGAAGUUAAGGAACUCUGGGUCCCCUGAGGGCAGUGUAGUUCUGUCUGUCCAUCUCUGGUUUUGCACUGGAGUUCACAGCUACCUGCUUGGCCACCCUGCAGUGUUCUGUGUGGUGUGUGAUGUGCACAGGCCCUUUCUCUUCUGUAACAUCCAAGGAAUAAAGCACUCUGUUAUGGGCUGUGUUGGUGCACCUCUCCCCAUGUCGUUAUAGCCCCACAUAUUGGAACGUUCCCUGUCCCACUAAGAAAAGAGCAAGCAUGGGCCAGCUGGUCCUCCAUAGGAGAUUGAGAGCAGCCUGGAUCUUCCUGAGCUGACCCAGUGUGUGGGUACAAGUCUGAAUCCACCUAGAGAUUCUGGAAAGUAGGCUUGGGGCUGUCUAGCCACCUGCUUCAUGGGAAAUCAGGACCCAGCUACUUUCCUGCUCCUUCCCUGUCACCUCUGAUCUAUCUGGCUCUGCCUUUAGGAAACUGGUCGGGUCACUGGGGAGCAGAGGGCCCCUUUUGAGCAGGCCAUCACCAAGCACCAUUAUCUGAUUGCACCAUAGGAGGCCACCAAGAAGGUCUUUUCUUAUAAACACAUCUAUAUUCUGCUGUCCCUGAAUUCUUCAUGCCCCCUGGGUUGGAAGUGCAUGUCCCUGGCCUGUAAAUCUCAAGUCAAGCUGGUCCUGAAGCUGUAUGAUUGUGUUUUAGGAGGAAGAGGAGGAGGCCUGGCUGGCCAGUCUGCCUGCCUGGAGACGAGACAUUCUUCGGAAGAAGCGGGAAGAGGAGAAGUGAGUGUCUGGAGGAGCUCCUUGGCAUGUGUCUUGACUGUCUCUGGGGUUGUGAUGCCAUCUAAUACUAUCUCUUUCUCAUUCCAGGAAGCAGAAGCGGUAAGUACAGUACUGGCCCCGACCUGCCACUUCUUACACGCAGUCACAGAGGCUCGUUCGCUCCUUCAUCCAGCCCAUUACUUCAGUCCUUGGAUCAUAACCUUUCAGCUCCCAAUAAUGACACAAGACCCUUAAUUCCUUAGCACCUGCCCUUCCAAGUCUAGCUCUCAUGCUCUGAUCACAUUGUUACCUAGACCCCCAUCUCCUAUCAUUAACCUAGCUUUUCACCAACUGUGUUAGCAACAUACCUAUCAUCCCACUUGGUAGGUAGAGACAGGAUUAGGAGUUCAAGAUUAUCCUUGGCUUCACAGCCAGUUCAAGGUCAACCUGAUCUACAGGUGGCCUUGUCUUAAAACAAAAGACAAACAAAUGCCUACCCUUUCUAUCCUGGUUUUUCUGUUUUAAUUAUGUGUAUGUCUGCGUGUCUGUGUGUGGGUAGGGCAUGUGCCUAUGGAGACCAGAGGUGUCGGAUCCUCUGGAACUGGAGUUACAAGUGGUUAUGGGCCACCCAAUGUGGGUGCUGGGAAUCCAGUUUGGGUCCUCUGGAAGAGUAGUACACGAUCUUAAUUGAUAAGUCAUCUCUCCAGCCCCAAGAACAGUUUUUAACUCCAGGAUUAAUGAACUUGAUCAUUCAUGUUCCCCUUAACUUCAUUUCUGUACCAGGAAUCCAUCCUGGUGCUGCCAGAUAGAAGUAUAAUGUACACCACAUGCAUGUUUUAAAUUUUGUGGUAGCCACAUUGAGACAUUUAAAGAUAUAGGUAAACUUAAUUUUAAUACUUAAUGCAUGAAAAGCAUUAUUUCAGCAUUUCAACGUGAGAGUUAUUAAUGAGAGCUAGGCAUAUAUAGCUCAGCUGAUAGGUUCAAUCUCCAGUAUUACAUAAAUCUGGAGUCAUGGGACUGGAGAAACGGCUCAGUAGUUAAAACACUUGUUGCUCCUCCAGAGGACCCAGGUUCAACUCCCAGCAACCACAACGCAGCUCAAAACUAUCUAUAACUCCAGUUCUAGAGGAUCCAAUGGCCUCUUUUAGCCUCCUUGGGCACUAGGCACACAUGUGGUACACAGACAUAAAUGCAGGCAAAAUACUCAUAUAUAUUCAAUUAAAUGAAAUUGAAAACAAAACAAAACAAUAACCAACCCCUGGAGUGAUGGCACAGGCCUGUAUUUCCAGCAUGCAGGAGGAUCAGAAGUUCAAAGUAGCCUUGUCAGCAUAGCAAGUUUGAGGCUAGCCUGCAAUACAUCAAGACCCCCCCAAAAAAAAAAAUCACACACACACACAAACACACACACGGGAUGUUUUUCUUUCCCUUAAAAAAAAUUAGUUUUCAAAGGACCAUGUGCAUGGCAACUUGAACAUUUCAGUUGCUCCACAGCAAGCAGGAUAAGUGGUGACCCUGUGAACAGAGCACAUCUACCCUUAUGUUUUUUCAGAGUUGGGGAUCAAAGCUCAGUGUUCUAGGCAAGCACUCCUACUGCGGAGCUAGACCCCCCAGUCCCUAGCCUUGUGUUCUGAGAACCUGUCCCUAGCUAGCUUGCUGGCCUGUUCCCCAGUAAUGAGAUCCCCAACAUCUCCACCCUAUUCCCUGGUAAUUUAGAUGGACAGCUCCCUAACAACUAAAGUCCUGUCUCCAAUGACAGGCCUCCUGUCAUUGAUCCCCUGAACUCAGUAACAUUCAAUCCUCACACAGGGCCACCUAAUGACCCAGCACCUCUUUCCAGUAAUGCUCCUCCACAAAAACAAUCCAGCUUUAGCCUCCGCUUACCCGCUCUUCUGAGUAUCCCUGUAACUCUUCCAUGAAAACCCCAGGACCUAAGCAGAGAAGGCCCCUUAGCUCCCUCUCUCCCACUGCCGUCCUGGUGUCUGGCCUGCCCCAGUGUCCGUCCCCAGGCAUCACUGAGUUUUGCCACCCAUAAACAGAAAA